AUGGAGCCAGACAUCAUUCAAAUGUACUCUUCAUCCCCACCACUACUAGACAAUGGAGCUGAGGAGGAAGAGGAGGAGGAGGAUGAAUUUGGGGAAUUUGAGGAAUUUUCAGAAGUUAGUCCUCCUGGUAUAGGAUUUGUUGAUUUUGAUACACCAAAUUAUACUCAUCCCAAGGAUGAGUUUGUACCUUUAAACCAUUUUAUGCCAAUUCAUGAUUUCUCAGAAAAUGUAGACAGCCUUACAAGUUUUAAGUCCAUUAAAAAUAGUAAUGAGAAGGACAUCACUUCUGAACUUUCUACUCCUGUGAAAGUAGAGUCGGAUGCUUUACUCUCUACCACUAGCAAAGAAAUAAUUUCAACAAAAACUUUAGAUACUUCCACUGAUGGAAUGGAAAGUCCAGGAGAUUUUAAUAAAGUCAUGGAGCAGAGACAGAGUACUGGAACACCUGAAAGUUUCUCUACAGGAGUUCGAACUGAUUUGAGCAUUGUUCUUCAAAAUAAGCCAUAAGAGAGCUGCAAUGGUGAAAAGCCUCCUUGUGGGGAGAUUCUAGUAAGUGGGUUUGCAGUAUUGGAAACUGUAAAUCCUCAGGGAACAGAUGAUCUGGACACUGUAGCGGAUUCAAAGGGACUAACGCCUCUUAGUUCUCAUAGCACUGAGUAUAAUUUAGACCCUGCACCUAGUCCUACUGAGGAGUUUGCAAAUUUUGCCACAUUUUCCAAAAAAGAGAGGAUACAACUAAAUGAAACAGAAUGUGCAAUUUUAAACAAUAAGGAAGCACUAACUGUUCAGGAACAUAAUAAAAUUAACAGAGUCAAUGAACUGAAUUCUGUCAAAGAAAUGUCUUUGGAUAGAAGUCUUGAUAAAGGACAUAAUGGUGGAGAGAAUCAGGUUUGUGUUUCAGAAAUAAGAGUAGUGAGUAACAAAGGUUACAGUAUUGAAAAACAAGGCCCUGCAACCCUGCAACAGGAUGAAUUUCUAAAUUCAAGUGUUCAAUCAAAUGCUUGGAGUUUGAUAGACACAGCUGAUAAUUCAGAAGCCAGUAGGAGAGAACACUAUAAAACCGAGAAGACUUAUCUAUUUACUUCUAAAUGUGCUGACCUAUGUGUGGAUUACAUUAAAACUUCUGAUGCUGAUGAUGAAGUUGGUUUUUCCAAAGAAGAAAUUAUAAAGUUUACUGAUUCCCAAAGCCCCAGCAUCAAUCCCACAGGAGAAAACAUUUUGGAUGAUUCUAUAAAUGUACAAGAUGAUAGUAGUAACUACUUUGUGACUUGCAAUGAUACCAAUGAGGACAUUUCAGAAGAAUCCUCUAAACUUCUGCCUGGGAGUAAAAGCCUGGCUGCCAGUGUCAUGGGACCUGAGCAGGAUAGUGGGGUAGAGGUCUCAGCUGACAGCUAUCUUCCUUUGGAUUUUCACUCAACAACCAGACAGGCAGUAGGUAAGCAAAGCUGGUAUUCUCGGGCGGGUGCUGCCAGCGCACUCUCCCCGCCCCACUCAAGACCAAGGGCGGCCAGGGUUUACCGGGGCCAGCGAGGCAGCCGCCACGCCUCUGGGAAGCCCUCCGCCCCCAGGCCAGGUCAGCGACCAGCUCCCACCAGGAAAGAGGCGGCCUGCGGAAACGACGGACACACGAGAGCUCAAUUACGAGAGCCUGAGCAACGGACUCAGUUAAGUAGCCGUUGCCAUCUUACUUGCAUCAAUGCCGCAUCUCUGACAUUUUUUUUAAAGGGAGAGGAGAACAUCUGGGGUACCCUGACUCAGGGCACUGCCUUAGCUUGGGGCUUCCCAAAAGAAGACUCUGGGACAAGGAUUUGGGUGCAAGUGAUUUAUUUGGGAAAUAAUCCCAGGAAGCAGAUGAUGGAACAAGGCUGUGAGACAGAGAAGAGAGAAAAAGCCAAAAGGGUGUGUGUUAAGCAGGUUAAACUGUAG